AUGUCCUCGUCGCCCCCGGAGGAGUGCCGGUCGCCCGUGGGGCUGGACUGCUGCAACUGCUGCCUGGACCUGGCCAACCGGAGCGGGCUGGAGGAGGGAGCCGGGGGCGAGAACAACAACCUGGGCAGCCCCACCGUCAGCAGCUUCCGGCAGCUGCAGGAGCAGCUGGUCCGCAAGAACCUCAACACCGACAAGCUGAGCUCCAUCAUGCGCCAGGACUCGCUGGAGCCCGUCGUGCGGGACCCCUGCUACCUCUUCAACCAGGGCAUCUGCAACAGGAACAUCGACCAGACCCUCCUCUCCAUCCUCCUGCUCUUCCACAGCGCUUCCGGAGCCAGCGUGGUCGCCAUCGACAACAAGAUCGAGCAGGCAAUGGACCUAGUGAAAAAUCACCUGAUGUAUGCAGUGCGGGAGGAGGUGGAGGUCCUCAAAGAGCAAAUUAAAGAACUGUUGGAGAAAAACUCCCAGCUGGAGCGUGAGAACAGCCUCCUGAAGACCCUGGCCAGCCCUGAGCAGCUGGAGAAGUUCCAGUCACGGCUCCCUGCAGAGGUCCUGUGCCUGGAGGAGCAGAACCCCGGGGUGGCUGCCCCGGCCCAGCACUCCGGGGGCUCUGCGGUGUAAGGUGGCUCUGUCCUUGGGGUGGGCAGAGCCACAGAACUGUUUCUACUUAAUCUCCUGCAAAAUCGUUUCCGCCUUCAUCUCACACGAAGGACUGCCAGAACCCCGGCACUGAGCCGUGCCCCCCGGGUGAGCCUGGCCAGCCAGCAGAGCCAGCGGCCGUCUCCUGCACGAGGAUGCUCUUCUGCCAGGGAGACCUGGGCAGCCGACCCCUCCCCAUCCAACCACCAGCCGUGUGCCAGGAGUAAAACCAUGGCCUGCCUAUCCCAGGAUCUACCAAAACCUGGGUAUCCGCAGCACCCUGGCACCUUACUGGGAAGCCACGGUUGGCAAGAGCGUGUGCCAAGCCCCCAUGCCUUUGCUGCACUCUGCAGGGGGGGUUCUCUUUCUGGCAAAAGCCUGAUGUUGGAGGAAGACCGUUGUUUAGUGAGUGAUGCAGAUGUGUCCCGCUGCCUACCUGCCCGGGAGCAUGCCAGCCCUGCGCCUGACCCUGAGUGGCACUGGUGGUGGCAGUGACGGUGUAGAGCACAGCUGUACACACAUCAGUGUGGGGAUUACAAAGAGGAAAAAAGCUUGGUUCGUUAAGUUUGGGCAUCUUCUGUAGCUGUAUCUAUGUAUAAACGUAUGCAUGAAUGGUGCCUGUGGGGUGCCCAGCUCUGGGCCAGCCGUGCCCACCUCUGCGUGGCUUGGGAACUGGAGGCAAGACUGGAAGCCAGCGACUGUAACUGGGUGGCCAGCGCUGAAACUGCACGAAGGAGGGGACAGAGUGACCCCUCACUGGCAUCACCGUGCCUGCUGUGUGUCAGUGCCAGGAGGAUCCAGACUGACCCCUGGGCAGGGCCACCACAGGAACUGUGCUCCAUCCCUGGGCUGUGGGGAGCCAGCCUGUGCUUGGGCCUCCCCACCUUCCCCAGCCAGCUCUCUGGGAAGUGACAGGAUGUCCCUUUGGAUGUCAGAAGCGGUGACACAGUUGUGUAAAUCUAGGUAGAAAUGGCAAUAAACUUUACUUUUUAU